AUGCUGCUAACCAUCCUUAUACCAACUGAGGCAAGACAAGCAUCUACUUCUGUAUUCGAUGGAGUAAUGAAUAAUUACAACACUUAUUUACGAUUUGGAGGUUAAUCAGGUCUUCAAGUAAAAGAUUACUUGUAAGCUCUAGAUAGCUAUUCUCUUUCAGUCUGGAUUAGACUUCAAGUGAAUCCUACUGACUAUGGUAAAAACAUGGAUAUACUGACUUUAAAGCCAGGUUUUCAAUGCUAUUUCAACAUUAGAUCUAGAAUUUUAUGUCAACCUGAUGUCAGCUCUUCCCCCUCUUACUAUCAAAUAGAUGCUGGCAUAAGGCUGUUUAAUUGGUACAUUAUCACAAUUAGAUCGUCAUAGACUGAUUCCAUCAUUUAAUUGAGAGAACUUCAAAAUGUGGUUUUUUCUUAAGAAAAAUAUAGCAUAUUCUUCCCAUUUGGAUAUUCCCAAAUUUCAGUUUAAGAGACCUACUUGGGAAUCGACAAAGACAGUAGAUCAGAUGGGUUUGUAGGAAACAUUAGAAAUUUCAAACUAUUCUCUGCCUAUUACACUGAUGCUUAGUUAUGGAAUGCGUAGUUUAUCUAUAUAAUCCCUAAUUCUCAGCUUAUCAUGCAGGUAUUACUCAAUGAUCUUAAUGAUUUUAAAAACGAUGCUGAUUUCGCAGUUGGCACUAUAGUUGGCAAUCAAAAAUAGCUCCCUAGAGAGAUUGAUUACAGAGGGAACUUUUGGUGUUGGUUUCCUCAAGAGAAUGUCCUAAUCGAUUUUCUAUAAUUCAGCCCCAGUUUUUCUUUGAGCACCUAUAAUAUUCCAAGUGGUUUGCUAGAUACUAGUAAAAAUUUUGAUACGACACUCCAAGUUUGGUUUAAAAGAAGUAACGAAAUUCAAUUUUCUGAUUUGUCCAAUGAUGAAUCUCUUUUCGAGCAUACAAAUGUGCUUAGGGCUAGAUUUUUACUCAGUAACUACUAUAAUUUAAGAAUCGAUCCCUUAACAUACUAGAAUUAUGAUAUAUCUCUUGAAAAUAUAGGGGUUAACAAAUGGUACUAUCUUUAAGUAUAGACAUCAACAAACUCUUAAAAAUCUUAGAUUUAUGAUAGUGAUGGUAACAUGAUAAGCCAGGUUGAUAAUUCAUUUCCUACAUUGAAAUCUAGCAGCAGAACUAUUCUAAUCGGAAGAAACUUCAAUGGUUAUAUCCAGGGUAUCAAAUACUUCAAAACUCAAAACCCAUCUAAUUCAGGGGGUCCUUUCGCUAUGAAAAAUUCAACUGAAAGUUCUACUGAUUGUUUAAUGUACUUCAUAUUUUGGAGUUAUGCAGCAAACGGAGGAACUUUUACAAAUUAUGCUAAUUCUGCAAGAACAUAGACUAUUGAUAGUUCAGAUCAAAUAACGUACAAAAAAUAGUACUACAAGGAAUAUGGAUCUUCAAAUGCCAUAGGAACUGUCAACUAGGCUGAUUCAUUUGAUGGAUAUACAUGCAGGGAUAAUAGAGAGAAGCUAUUGAUGGUUAAUCAGCUAUCUUAUGUAUCAUCUAACUUUGUUUUGUCUAAUGAACUUAGGACUUACACAGUUGAAUUUUGGAUAAAACCAACUGCCUAAAUAAGUACACAAUCCUUUAUGUUUGCCCUAUAAGAUAAUAUAUUUUAGUAACUAUACACAGUCAUUGCCUAGGAAAGUUCAGGUGAUUUAUUUUGCUAUCCAAUUUAUACUAAAAAUAGCACAUUAAGUGUUAAAUAUCUAGACUAUAAGUCAGACAAAAAGAGUUGGAUGCAUAUUUCAUGUAUAGUCAAUGCUAAUACGUAAAUUGUAUAAGGUGUGUUAUUCGAUAUGGAUUCAGACUAUGUCUACUAUCAGCUACAAAAUAUAGCCAUUUAACUUCCAAAGUAUGAAUACUAUAUAUACCUAAACAGAAAUCCAGCUAUACAAUCAGCUGGAAUAUCAAAUGCAUAUUAUUCAGAAUUAAGAUUUUGGUCAUAUGCCAGGACUACUUAGCAAAUUAAAGAUUUCCAAUUCCAUUAACUAAAUGUAAUUAACGAUAGACCUUCCCUCCUUGCCUAUUUCAAACUCUUUACUGGAUAAGCAGUUAAUUAAGGAUUUGAACUCAACUAUGCUGACUCAGCUCUGACCAAAGCUAUAUCUCUUAAUAACAUAAAAUGGUAGUCUGAGACAAGUCUGACUGUUUGUCCACUAGGAAUGUACAAAAGUUCAUAUACAGAUUCAAAUUGUUAUAGAGAAGGUAUAUUGAGAGCUUAGGCUUUUGUAAUCAGAAAUGCUACUCAUUUUAUCGUCUCUCCAUUCUAUACUAUUUAUAGAAACAAUCUGCUUAGAGAUGAGGCCACUAAUUAUUUCAAUUUUUCAUGGAACUUAGACAGGAUGAAUGUUUAAAAUAUUACCAAUCAAAACAUCUUUCCUGGAUUUUUCAAUCCUCAAAAGAAUAACUUUGAAUUAGUAUUCCAUCAGGAUUAGGUUUCAAAUUCACCAGGCAAGUAUGAUAUUACUUUGACAAUCCAAGAUAAGGAAAGAGCUAUGGAGUAAUAGCAGAUAUCCCUGACUUUAAAGACGUAAAAAUGCUUGAAUAUAUUUGAUAAAGUGUCUAAGCAAUCACUUGUCUAUAAAGAUAUGGAUUCUAGAAGAUCAAUCGAUAAUGCUGUUUUCUAAUAUGAAUUCAGUUAGUGUGGGUCCUAUGUUUUUGAUAAAAACUCACUCACUAUAGACAUUGAUUUCAGUGAUAAGAUUACUCUAUUGAAUUCAGAUCAUGACAAGAAUCUAUAGUAAUUUACUCUAAGAUCAACCUAAUAAAGAUACUUGCCAUUAAAUGAGUAUUUUUAUAUUAGAAUAAAGGGUGUUUGGAGAAACUAAAAUGAUAACUCUGAUACAAUCGAGUAUUAUUUGAUUUAUGCAUGUAGGUAUAUUUCUAAGUUAGUUCUCAAACUUAAGCCUAAUUACUAUACUGUACUAAAAGGUUAACAACUUGUCAUUGAUUAUACAGGUGAGUACUACAACAUCGCUGAUUCAGUAGCAGGAGAAAGGACAUACACAUUACAGUGGCAAUGCCCCGGGGCUUUAAACAAUAUUUGCAGGUCUUAGUCUUCACAGUUGGUCAUCAAUUAUGAUUUAUAUUCCAACAAUAAAUUGCCUUUUUGGACUGGUUAGACUUUGACCCUUACAGCAACUACCAACUUUAUCCAAGGUGAUGGCACAAAGACAAGUUCUACAUCCGUUUAAAUCUCUUGGCUUGAUGUUAAUCCAGAUGCUACAUAAGCAGUUGCCUCAAGAUUAAUUAAUAAAGAGCAAAGAGUUGCGUUAUAGAUGAAUAUUAACAAUAUGCCAGAGGAAAAAUUGCAGAUUAGAUGGGAUGUUACUCCGUCGGUAAAUACUAAAUGCUAUCUGAAUGAAGCAAACAGGAAGUAAUUCGUGCUAAAUUCAUCUUGUGUAAAUGAAGGCACUACAUAUAAUGUUACAGGAAAUAUAGUAUAUGUUGAACAACAGCAAAUAAUAUGGCAGAGAUUUGAUCUGGUUACUGUGCCGGUUAGUCCAAAAAGUGGUUCAAUUAGUUGUAAUAGAACAAGUGGAAGAGCAUAUAUAGACAUUUUAUCAUGUUAAACAAAUGGAUGGAAUGUUCCAAGCAGUCCAGCUAGAUAUCAGUUCUUCAUCGCUGAUUUUAAAAAUGAUUCCAUUUUGCUUCCUAUUUCAGCUCUCACAACUGCUAACAAUUUCAUAUCAGCUUUACCCCCUACUAGAAGAAUCGUAGUGAAAGUUAUAGAUAACAACUAAGGAAUAGGUUACGCUAAUCUUGGUGUGACUUUGACGUACACCUAUGAUGCAUCUAUAGUUACUAGAGCCUAGUAACUAUUUGAAUCCUCACAAAAAGUUUAAAGUACAAAUGUUAUUUAAAGCUAGCAAAGUUUGUUAGUCUUAGCUGAGAUUCUUAAUUAGACUAGCUAUCAAAAUAUCGUUAACAGCACCAUAGAUUUCCAAGAUUACUUGAACAAAUCAGCAUCUCUACUUCUAAGUCAUGCCAAAAAUAUCAAAACCUAUUCUGAUGAAUAAUCACGAAGGUCUGUUAUUCAGCUAGCAGUAACGAUCGUUAGCACUUUGACAUUUAAUCCAAAAUUAUUCAACAAAACUGCAGUAAAUGUAAUGAUCGACAGUCUCACUCUGAUAUUUAAUGGAGAUUUCAAAGACAGCUAAGAACAUUUACUAUAUGAUUCAAGUUUUAAUUAGCAGCUAUUCUCAGUAUUCGAAAAUGUUUUCACAGCCUUGAAAAGUUUGUUAGAUUAAGGUGUCAUUACCACUUCAUUAAUGGACAAGCCACCAAUGAAGGAUGCUUCUCUAGCCAACUUAACUAUUAAGUGUCGAUCCAUCCUUGGUGAUUAUGAAUAAUUUGUAGCAUCAAAAAUUUAUGAAAACGAGGAGUUUUACUAUAACAACUCAGCGUUUUUCUUCUAAGUAUAAAAGUUUUCUAGAAUGGCUAAUCAAUAGAAAGACUAGAUUAAGCAGUACGCCGAUGGUUCGUAUACUAGCUAUGUCUAUCCGCUUUCUGAUGCUACUCAGCCUACUUCUAGACAAUCAUUUUCUGUGAUAAAUUUCAAAUUAAGUCCGUUUAUUGGUGAUUACUAUUUGAAUCAGAGUGCUACAUCUAAAUCUAGUGUGUAUUUUUCUUAUAGAGAUGAAAAAGGAAAUUACCUAUCAGCUGAAAAUAUUGUCAGAGACAUAAAAAUUACUUAUAAAUAUGAGUACUCUCCAUUUGUGUUCUUACCAAACGUCACUACAUGUGGUUAUAUAUAAACUGGAGAUGCCUAUUGGGAGAAUAAAUCUUGUUCGGUUGAAUUUAGUCGUAAAAACGGCAGCAUAAAUUGCUAUUGCAAGCAUAUGUCCUAUUAUUCUAUUAUCGAUGACUACCUAGUAAGACCUCAGAAGAUUCCUUUAGUAUACUUGACUUUCAGAAACUGGACUUCAUUCAUAGUAUUUUUAUAUGUAAUUUUGCUAUUUGUUGUCGGAACCAUAUAUACCUUCAAUAAAGAUAAUCAAGAUUUCAGAUAUUUACAUGAAUAAGAAGAAGAUUAAGGUAAUACUCUCUAAAGUGAUGAUUCAGUAUCACUAAUCUCACUUACAUUUAAGAGGAAGGUUUUCUAUAUGAUGUUCGCAAACACAGAUAAAAUGAGAAUGUUAAACUUAUUGAAGAUAUAUCUAAUGCUUUUGCACCCAGUAUUCUAACUUAAAUACAGACUUGAUCCAGAAACACCCAGGUUCUAUAGAUUCCUUCUACUUUUCACAAGAAUAAUGAUUCUUUUUGCUCUUAGUUUCUUUAUAUUGAAGGACGUUAAGAACUUUAAUGAGUUAUCUGGAGAAUCAGAUUUUGGAAUAGUAGUGCUUCAGAUUAUUAUUUUGAUUUUCUUAGGAUCAUUUCUUUUAGUACCGAUGCCAAUAUUCUUAUUAUUCUGUUGUAGAUCCAGGUAUUUGCUAUUGGAUCCAAAGGGUGUUUCAAGAUAAGCUUCUGAUGAUGAUGGAUUCAAUGAUGCGAACGGUGUCAGAGAUUUAAGUAUUUUUUAAGGUGCCCCUGAUAGAGUGACAAAAAUAAUGAUAGAUACAAGCAUUCCAAUUAGACUCCUAUUCAUCAUUAAUGCAAUCAAGAAUGAAGAUAUAAUAAAAGACUAAGAGGUAAAAUACCCCUACAUAUCAGGAGAUGUAAAUGAAGUGGGUAAAAAACUUGCAGAGCUAGAUCCCUUUAUCGAAAAAGAAAAAGAGAUAAAGAGUACCGAUGAUAACAAGGAUGCCAAAACAAAUGUAGUCAUCGACUAGUCCUCAAAGAGAGAUAAGACUGAUUCAAAAGACCUCAAUGAUAUUGAGAGUCAUACUUAGAGUAAUCUUAGACAGCUUUCUGGGUUGAAAUCUGGCAGAGAAGGUGCUAAGGCCAAUAGAGCUGACAAGUACAAAACAGAUGUAAAUAUUAGUGAAAGAGAGAAUAUUUAGGAGCCUGAUUCAAACAGACCGCUAAAGUUUACAAAUAAUAAAUCAAAGCACAAAAGAUUAGACCAAUCAAAUAAUAAGACUGAACAGAACAUUCUAGAUCCAUACAACCUAGACAUUUUGGAGAUUCAAGAUCAAGAAGAUGAUGUUGAAAACUUAGAUGACGACUAUAAUGAUAAAGAAAGAAUUCGCUAAUUCAUGAAUGAGGGUGGGGAAGAAGAAGAAUUAGAAUUCUCCCCUAAAAAUAGAAAUAGCAAGGUUGGUGCUGAUAAACAGAAAGGCAAGAGCAACAAUCCAUAAGACAAGACUCAAGAAAAGUCUUAGUAAGCAAGGCAGUAGCAAGAAGAAGCCCAGAAUGAAGAUGAUGCUAGUGACUAAGAUAGUAUUGACACUUAACUUUUUACUGAUGAUAAGAAAGAGCUAAUAGAAGAGAAAAAUUACGUUGGAAUAAUAUUUGGCAAUGCAAUCGCAUUGAUAAUCAAUGUUGGACUCUUCAUCUCUAUAUUGGCUGUAUUUAUAUCAGGAGAAUACUAUGAUAUGAGAAAUCAAUAUGUUUGGGUCAUUGUCUUCUUUGGAGCACAACUAUUCUCAUUCUUUGUAUCGGAUAUUUUUGUGCUUUGGAUUAUGGCUUCUACAGUUUCUGGCUGCUUGAAGUAUAAAAAGACUUGCUUAGCCAAGUGGAUGAGGGAAAGUCUCUAUAUCUAUGAAGACUACAGGUAUGUAAUUCAAUUUGCUAAUACGAGAAUCACAUGA